CAAGUAGGACAGCAAGUGUGUGUGUGGGGGGGGGGAUAAAGAAACAAAGAAAAAUAGAACGAAUGAGGUAGAGGAAACAAAAGAUAUAUUUACUGUUACCGGCACAGGGAUGCUGCACAUGUAGAUUGUACCUAGUUACAUAAGCAGCAAAUAGAAAUACAUCUAGGAUUUUAAACUGCGAGUGGAUUGUGUGUAUUCGCUUCCAACAUAGGCCCAUUAUAAAGUCCAUUCAGAAAUAUAACCAGCUGUCAGGUCAUGUGGUUUGCGAGCUGGACUGUCGUUCGAACCCUGCCCGCUCCCAUCAGGAUGUAGAUUAUCUUCAACUUUAAAGGAAUAUCCAAAACUAAAUGCCAAAAACAUUUUACACCCGAUGCAUUAUCCAAGGACCUAGAGUUCGAAUACUAUUUAAAGGAAAUAACAUUUAAACGUAGUUACUGCCCAAGAUGGCUUAUACAGAGCAUGACUUUAGUCUAGAUCGGAACAAUGUGGUAAAGUGUGUGACGAAAGUCAAGGAAGAGACAGAUUCGCUAACACAACCAUGCCAGGAACAAGAUUUCAAAAUGCCAGAGAUAAAAAGUGAAAAGAUAGAUGAAGAUGAAUCAGACUUGUAUACACAGCAAUCAGAAAACUGUGAUGAAACUGCUAACAUCAAACUUGAGCACCAGGUCAAUGACCACGAAGGAGAAAUGACUUCAGAAAAUUGUGUAAUCUCUAGUAGUAUGCAAGAUCAAAAAGAACAAAAUCUUCACGAGGAAACUGUUUUAGGAAAAGAGAUGAACAAUUCUUUGACUCAUCAAAAUAAAAAACACUUCAAUUUAAAAAUUAGUUUAAAAGAAUUUUCACAACCUGCAGCAUUAAAAAAUCAAUUCCAAUGUGAAAUAUGUCUCAAAGUAUUUGCUAAAGCUUCCUUAUUUAAUAGACACCAAAUGGCAGUUCAUUCAGGGGCGAAACCAUUUAAAUGUCAGACAUGUCAAAAAGGAUUUGCUCAAUCUUCAUAUUUAAAAAGACAUGAAGUGAUUCAUACAGAAGAGAAACCAUUCAAAUGUGAAACAUGUUCCAAAGGUUUUCCCUCAUCUUCUAGCUUAAAAAAACAUCAGGUGACACAUACAGAUGAAAAGCGAUUUAAAUGUCAAAUAUGUCAGCAUCUAUUCGCUACAUAUUUUGCCUUGAAAAAUCACCUUCUAAUUCAUUCUCAUGAAAAACCAUUUAAAUGCCAAAUAUGCCAAAAAGGGUUUGUCAAAAGUUCAGACUUGAAAAGACACCAGAUGGUUCACACUGGUGAAAAGCCAUUUAAAUGCCAUGUCUGUUCAAAAGAGUUUUCUCAAUCUGGACAUUUGAAAAAACACCAGCUAACUCAUACUGGUGAGAAACCAUUUAAAUGCCAAAUAUGUCCAAAAGGUUUUGCUGAAUCUAGGAGCUUGAAAAGUCAUCAAGCGAUCCAUACUGGUGAAAAACAUUUUAAAUGUAAAGUAUGUCUGCUUCUCUUUGCUACAUAUUCUGCUCUGAAAUAUCACCAGCUAACUCAUACUGGUGGAAAACCAUAUAAAUGUGAAGUAUGUCAAAAAGGGUUUGCCAAAACUUCGGUACUGAAAAGACACCAAUCGGCUCAUAUUGAUGAAAAGGCAAAGAACAUUCAUGCGUGCCUGAAAGAGCUUUCUCAAUCUGGACAUUUGAAAAAUUACCAGCUCGCCAUUUAAAUUUCCAAAAUGUCGUAAUGUCAUUUUUUUUUUCAUACUGUUUUAUUUUGUGUGUGGCUAAAAGUGUUCUCAAGAUGGACAUUUGUAAAAAAAAAAAAAAAAAAACAGCACCUAAAUCUUUGUGGUGAAGAUUCAUUGGUCAGAUAUUAACGAAAUUAGGAAAAAAUCAUUUUUCACAUAUUCAACAAAGCAUGUUAGCUUUUCAUACAAAUUCCCUAAAUGCUGUAAUGUUUUGAUACCUUUUUGCUUCUAUCAAGAGCAGCAUGAAACAAAGAUGUGUGCCUGUCUAUAAAAGGAAGACCCUGCCAGAAAGUUUUGAGACUAGUUAGUAGACUUUCUAUGCACUACUGACACAAAGAAAAUGGUAGGACAUGUCAGACACUUGCGAGAUAUGAAAAAAGAAUUUCACAAGACAUUUUCUGAUAGGAUAAACAAACCAUGUUCAACAUUUAUGCUACUAGAUCUGCACCAACAAUUAUGCACCAACAGAACCUUAGGACUAUAAAUAGAAAUGUGAAGGUCUGUCAAGGAGUAGUGUAAUAACUGUAUGUGUACAUUAGAAGUGAAUUGAAUAGUUUUAAGAACAAAAACAUUUUGGCUCAUCGCUAUGUGAUAUGAAGCUUGAUACAGGGACCAAGUAUUGUUGUUUGUGUAUUCUGUUAUAAGUAAAAUAAGAUAUGAUUUUGAUUCUUGAUGAAUGUCAUUUAAUAAUGUAUUAAACUAUUAUUUCUCUUAAAUUUGCAGCUGAUUAACCAAUCAAAAUAAACUAUUUUAAAUUGUAAUAA